UCUAAGCUCUUCACCCACCUAACCAUCAUCUCCACGACUCUCCUGGCCCGCUCGUCGCUGCGGGAACCUUGUCAACUAGCAUGAAUCUGCUGGCCGUAGCGGCCGGCCUCGUCUGGCUAGCGCUGUACUCCGUAUUUACAGCAAUCCGCCGCAUACGACUCGAGAACGCAAACCACAAGCGGGCGAUCCUCGAUGAGCUGAAGACGCCCGACCCGCACAAGAGGAAGUUUGUUGGAUUCUUCCACCCCUACUGCAACGCAGGGGGAGGCGGAGAGCGCGUGCUCUGGACGGCAAUUGCGAUGUUGCAGCGUGACGAGCCGGAGGUCAUCAGUAUUGUCUACAGUGGUGACACCGACGCGACUAAGGAGCAGAUAUUGAGCAAAGUGAAGGCACGGUUUGACAUCGACCUGUCCCCGCAAACACUUCACUUCGUCUUCCUCAACUCGAGACAUCUCGUCGAGGACUCUGCAUGGCCUCGCUUCACGCUCCUUGGCCAAAGCCUCGGCUCUAUAUAUCUGGCAUGGGAGGCUAUGUCCAAGCUCAUACCAGACCUAUUCAUUGAUACCAUGGGCUAUGCCUUCACCUUCCAUGUGGUAAGGCUCCUGGGCCAGGUUCCUGUGGGCGCAUAUGUCCACUACCCGACCAUUAGCACCGAUAUGCUGGAAAGGGUGAGAUCGCGAAAGAAAUGGCACACGAACUCGAAUGCGAUAUCCUCGUCGGGUGUCCUCAGCAAAGGAAAGCUUCUGUAUUACCGCCUCUUCAUGUACUACUACGCAAACUCGCUUCGUCAAGCAAGCUUCCUCAUGGUCAACUCCUCCUGGACAAAGAACCACGUGGAUUCCAUUCUGCAAUACACCGACCCGCUACUCGACGCCCUGCAUUUGUGCACCCCGCUAGUCUUCCUUCGUCUCCUUCGACCCUCCCAAACACCGAAGUCCGCUCGUAUCGUAUGCCCGCCUUGUGAUACGCGGGAGAUGGCGAAGUUCCCGCUGGAGGGGCGAGAGCGAGUGAUUCUCAGCGUCGCGCAGUUCCGUCCUGAAAAGGAUCAUGCCGCGCAGCUGCAUGCCUUCCAUAGUGUUCUGACUUCCUAUCCCGAGUACGGCAAUGGAAACCCCGGUGAUUCGCAGGUUCGAUUGGUGCUGGUCGGAGGGAGUCGCAACGCCGAGGAUGCCGCGCGAGUCGAAGGGCUUCGAGCAUUAGCCAAGGAACUCGGGAUUGCGGACCACGUAGAGUUCGUCAUCAAUGCUUCAUUCCCUGCUAUGCUCAACUGGCUCUCGCGAGCUAGUAUUGGGCUGAGCACCAUGGUCGAUGAGCAUUUUGGCAUUAACAUCGUGGAGUUCAUGGCGGCCGGUGUCAUUCCUGUCACCCACGCAUCUGGGGGCCCGCUGAACGACAUCGUCGUGCCGUUCGACGGCAAGCCUACUGGCUACCACGCCACUUCUCCCGAGACCUUCGCGGAGGCCUUCCAUAACGUGCUGACUCUCCCGCCAGAGGAAGACUUGGCGCUGCGGGAACGGGCCAGGACGUGGGCCGUGCAACGCUUCUCUGAGGAAGAGUUCGAGAAGGGAUGGAACGAGAGCGGGUGGAGGAGAUGGCUGCCGUCGUAAGUUCAGUCCACCGGGGGUCGUCAGACCCACCGAGCCUGUAGUGUACAGUAAACCAACGCUAAUGAUGCUCUCCCGCUGACACCGUGCACGGACUGCACGAGGGCCCUGGGGCGC